GUGUCGCGGUGCGGCUUCGUCGUGUUUCACCUCUCUGCACGAGACGUCCGGCCAUCCAUGCUCGGCUGGUUUGUAGGCUACGUCACACACAUCGCUUGCCGUGGAGGACGCGCCGUCUGCUCGACAGGAGCCCUACAUUCAGCAGCCCUACGUUCAAUGGGCAUGGCGACCAGAAGGGUGCUGGUGACUGGGUGCUCCUCUGGCAUUGGCCUGGCUGUGGCUGUACGACUGGCCAAAGAUGAGCUGAGGCGGUUCAAAGUGGUAGCUACCAUGAGGGACCUGGGGAAACGGGAGCCCUUGGAGAGAGCUGCAGGGGACGCUCUAAACAAAACCCUGGAGAUCAAGCAGUUGGACGCCUGUUGUGAGGACUCCAUCAGAGAGUGUGUCAACAGCCUGCCAGAAAGACAAGUGGAUGUACUUGUGAACAACGCGGGUGUUGGUAUGAUCGGGCCGCUGGAGUGCCAAAGUAUAGUUGCCAUGCAGGAGCUCUUUGACACCAACUUCUUUGGCUUGGCACGGCUGGUGAAGGAAGUCCUUCCUGACAUGAAGAGGCGCCAGAGCGGCCAUAUUGUGGUGAUGAGCAGUGUCAUGGGCAUCCAGGGGCUUCUGUUCAACGAUGUCUAUUCUGCUUCUAAAUUCGCUGUGGAAGGAUUCUGUGAAAGUCUGGCUGUACAAGCAAUGAAGUUUAAUAUCAAGAUGACUUUAGUGGAACCUGGCCCUGUGGUGACAGAGUUUGAAGGGAAGGUGUAUGAAGAUGCUGAGAAGAUGGACCUGUCAGGGACCGAUGCAGAGACGGCCAGAAUCUUCAGAGAGAUUUACCUGCCAUACUCCAGAAAGGUCUUCACCUCUUUAGGCCAGACCCCCGAGGAAGUGGCUGAGCAAACACUGAAAGUGAUCACAGCAAAAGAGCCUCCCCUCCGCCACCAGACCAAUCGCCUGUACAUGCCCCUGACUGCCCUGAAACACGCAGAUCCCACUGGUCGUCUGCCGCUGGACACCUUCUAUAAGAUGAUCUUUAAACAUGACAGCAUUUUCAACGCCACGCUCGGGAUACUACGUAUGCUGCAGAAGAGGGUUGGAAAGACUUAA